AAGAAAAUAGAGGGCGCAUUAUUCCCCGCUGAGAAGAUAGAUGAUCAGCUACUUGGCCGCCGUGAGCCUAGCCCUGAGACUGACGACCUAUGGUUGGAUUAUGAGAUCCAGCGUCCCUUUGUCCUUAGUAGGGAACAAGUCAUUGCGCUCGGCAAAGACCCCGAAAAGACAGUGAAGUAUCCCGACGAUGUCUUCGGCCUUGGACCAGAAGCUUACAUGGGCGGAAUGGAUGUCUUUCACGUCCUACAUUGCUUCAACACAAUUCGAAAGGAAGCAUUCAAGGACUACUACUUCGACGGCGAGCAGUACCACAUGGAGGGUUACGGAGAGGAGUCACAACCAAGGCGACGACAUGCCGAACUAUUCUGGAUUCACCUACGCCACUGCACGGACAUAAUCGUUCAGUUCCUGAUGUGUAACGCCGAUACGACCAUGACCACUAUGACUUGGCUUGAGACACAAGAGCGCCCCUGGCCAGACUUUUCUGUGAACAAAAAAUGCAUCGACUUUGAUACACUCGUACGGUGGCGUGACGAAAAUGCUUUAGAUAUUCAGAAGGCUGGGUUUGUGCGGCGGCCUGCCGAUGCACCCGAGACAAAAAUUAGCGAAAUGUAUUGGAAGGUUAUGGGAAAUGAGACGCACCCGGGUGAUAAUAGGCACCAUCCGAUUUGGGAUUAG